GAGACUGAGAGGAGAAAUGGCGCAGAAAGGAGUUCAGCUGGACCGAGAAACAAUUUCUUGUUCCAUCUGUUUGGAUCUAGUGAAGGAUCCAGUGACUACAACCUGUGGACACAGCUACUGCAUGAACUGUAUUCAAACCCACUUUGAUGAAGAGGACAGGAAGGGAAUCCACAGCUGCCCUCAGUGCAGGAAGACUUUCACACCGAGGCCUGUCCUGGAGAAAAACAUCGUGUUAGCAGCUUUAGUGGAGCAGCUGAAGAAGACUGGACUCCAAGCUGCUCCAGCUGAUCACUGCUAUGCUGGACCUGAAGAUGUGGCCUGUGAUGUCUGCACUGGGAGGAAGCUGAAAGCCAUCAAGUCCUGUUUAGUCUGUCUGGCAUCUUACUGUGAGGAACACCUCCAACCUCACUAUGAUGCAGCUCCAUUAAAGAAACACAAGCUGGUGGCCCCCUCCAAGAAGCUCCAGGAGAACAUCUGCUCUCGUCAUGAUGAGGUGAUGAAGAUUUUCUGUCGUACUGAUCAGCAGAGUAUCUGUUAUCUCUGCUUGAUGGAUGAACAUAAAAGCCAUGAAACAGUCCCAGCUGCAGCAGAAAGGACUGAGAAGCAGAAGGAGCUCGAGGUGAGACGACUAAACAUCCAGCAGAGAAUCCAGGAGCGAGAGAAAGAUGUGAAGCUGCUUCAACAGGAGGUGGAGGCCAUCAAUGGCUCUGCUGAUAAAGCAGUGGAGGACAGUGAGAAGAUGUUCACUGAGCUGAUCCGUCUCAUCCAGAAAAGAAGCUCUGAUGUGAAGCAGCAGGUCAGAUCCCAGCAGGAAACUGAAGUGAGUCGAGUCAAAGAGCUUCAGGAGAAGCUGGAGCAGGAGAUCGCUGAGCUGAAGAGGAAAGACGGCGAGCUGGAGCAGCUCUCACACACAGAGGAUCACAACCAGUUUCUACACAACUACCCCUCACUGUCAGCACUCAGUGAGUCUACACACUCAUCCAGCAUCAAUAUUCGUCCUCUGAGCUACUUUGAGGAUGUGACAGCAGCUGUGUCAGAGACCAGAGAUAAACUACAGGACAUUCUGAGAGAGGAAUGGACAAACAUCUCACUGACAGUCACUGAAGUGGAUGUUUUACUCUCACCACCAGAGCCAAAGACCAGAGCUGAAUUCUUAAAAUAUUCACAUGAAAUCACACUGGAUCCAGACACAGCAAACACAUAUCUGUUAUUAUCUGAGGGGAACAGAAAAGUAACAUUUAUGUUCCAACAACAGUCUUAUUCUGAUCAUCCAGACAGAUUCACAUAUUAUUAUCAGGUCCUGAGUAGAGAGAGUUUGACUGGACGUUGUUACUGGGAGGUGGAGUGGACAGGGAGAGGAGUUGAUGUAGCAGUUGCAUACAAGAAUAUCAGCAGAGCAGGGACGGGCGAUGAAUGUGCAUUUCGAUACAAUGACAAAUCUUGGACAUUACGUUGUGACACAAGCAGUUUUAAUUUUUGGCACAACAAAGUCCAAACUGUCCUCUCAGGUCCUCGGUCCUCCAGAGUAGGAGUGUACCUGGAUCACAGAGCAGGUAUUCUGUCUUUCUACAGCGUCUCUGAAACCACGACUCUCCUCCACAGAGUCCAGACCACAUUCACUCAGCCGCUCUAUGCUGGACUUUAUCUUUAUGGAGAUGGAGCCACUGCAGAGCUGAUUAAAGUCAAAUAGACCUUUGAGCUUCCAGUUUGUUGUUCUUGUCUCUCUUUGCUGUUGAGAGCUCACUGUUGUGCUGUUUCUUCUCUGCACAGAGAUCACUUUAUGGGUGCGAGUCUGACAUCUUCUGAUUGAUUGUCUGUAGUUACCUGUAAAUUUACCUGAAACUGUAUUCAAAGCAAUGCAACACUUUUUCUCUGUUGAGUCUUUGUGAACAGAUCAGAGUGACAUGUGAGGAAUUUAUUUCAAAACAGUUUCCACUGGACCCCAAAGUAAGUAAAGGAAGUAAUGAUCAUAAACAUAAUCAAGCAAUAAUUCAACUGGUUUAGGGCCUCAAGUUUUUUCAUUGCUUAAACGACAACAACACUGGAAAUUUAUUUAUUUUCCUUUCUUAAAGAUUUGGAUUUUAUGGGGGCCAGUCUUAUGUAGUUUAAGUAGAACAAUCUACAUAUUAUGUAGUUUGUUCUAUUUUCUGAAUUGGCAGGUUUCUCUUCCUUUCUGUUGUUUAUUUACUUCCUUUACAUAGAAGAAAAUAUUGUUUAAAUACAAGAAAACCUGCACAAAAAGUAGUUCAUGUCUCUCAGUCAGUCCAGUGUGUGAUGUCUCGUAAACUCAGUAAGAUCGAUGGGAGUUUGUAGCAGAAAUUAACCGAUAGAUUAAACAUUGUGAAUAAUUCUCAAACUGCUUUGACGCUGUGUUGAUGAGAGUCAAUCUAAGUUUCAUAGUCUUUUAAAAUCAAUAAAAUGAUGAAUUCUCUGAUGUUUUUUAUCUUGACCUACAGAGAGCUUUUCAUACUGUAGAGCAUAUCAGUUAUUCAGGAAACUAGAGAGAUAUGGAAUAAGAUGUGUAGCCUAUUACUGGUUGGAAAAUGGACAACUGUGUUGUUUAUACAGAUGAUACAAAUUUAUUAUGUUCUGGACAUAAAAUGUAAAGAAUCUCUUGUAUGCAACUGAGAAUGAACUGGAAAUUUUUAAGAUGUGGUUUGAUAUCAAUAAAUUGACCCUUAAU